CUCGACUGCCUCUCGACUGUCAUGUUCCAUUUGAUUGAUGAGCGUCGAAUCAGUGUACACUGGUGCACAUUUAAUUUGAAAUACCCGCCAUGCCUUAGGUUUUUCUGAAUAGUGAGAGUUAUUUACAAUCAAACAUAUUUUUUUCACUCUAAAAGUCUAGUUGGAUAACAAAUAUUUAUAUAAAACCAAAAAUGAAAACUGUUAUUUGGAUAUUAAUUAGUGCAAGGAAAGCAGAUAGUGCCCAAUUCCCGGAAGAAAAGAGAAGAGAGUAGGAAGAUACGCAAGUGCGAAAGAGACAAAAGAUUCAUAGGAGUUCAAUGGAACAGAUCAUUUUCAAAUGGAAAUUCAAAGAUUAAGGUUAUUGUUAUUUUGGUUUAUAUUUUUUUCUAUUUGAGCUCGUGUUCGUCCCCUCCAACAAAAUCUUCAUAGACGCUCGCCCGUAGUGGCGCAGUGCAUGUUCUUGUCGAUAAGAGAUAACAUUCGUAAAAUGAUAAGCAAAGGUUAAAAUCAUAUAUUAGUAAAAUCAGAUACUGUAUGAACGACUGUGGAAGGUCCAUCUAUAAAUAAAAGCAAUUUAUCAAGGUACAAAGCCGACAAAAGACAAAAAUGACUGAACAAGAAGGUAUCCGUAAAAGAGAAAGAGCUCAAAGUGUGACUAGAGCAGAAGAAAUCCAAGCAGAAGAGCAGAAAGCUAGAAAAAAUCAGCAUGAUAAACCUUGCCAUAAACCAAGGGAUUCCCUAUUUUCAUGGAAUUCAGGCUUUGAUAAUUUCACUGGUUUUGUGAAUUGGGCAUUCCUUUUGCUUAGCAUUGGAGGAUUACGAUUGUUAUUAGAAAAUUUCAUAAAGUAUGGUAUCAGAAUAGAUCCAAUUCAAUGGAUAAAACUUUUGGUAGAUGACCAACCAAAUUCAGAGCAUCCCUCUAUUGCUAUGAUAUUAUGUAUGUACCGGUUUAACAUAUAUCUGAAUUAAACAUGAUAAUUUUUUACUUGGUCCUCAAUAAAUUCUACUUUGUAGAUUCUGUUGUCCCUGUAGUAUUGUGCCUUUUAAUAGAGAAGGGAUUGGCUGUGGAAAUCAUUUCAACUGUGCCAGGAAUGUUUGUUCACAUAAUAAAUUUACUGGUUGUGAUACUGUUACCAAUGAUUGUGAUACAUUUUAAAGAAGGUUUUAAUUUGAUUGGAGCCUCUUGUGUUUGUACAAUAUAUAGUAUAUUAUUUUUAAAAUUAUGGUCAUAUAUACAAGUCAACAUGUGGUGUAGAACUGCCAGGCAGAAUGCAAAAAGUGGCAUGAGGAGACAGUCACUGUCACAUAGUGAUCUUAAGUCAGAUGAUUCCAAAGAUUUGAAGGUCAGUCUGGUUCUAUAUCCAGAUAAUUUGAACCUAAAAGAUUUGUACUACUUUAUAUUUGCACCAACCCUAUGUUAUGAGCUAAACUUCCCAAAGACAGUUAGGAUAAGGAAGAGAUUUCUACUGAAAAGAAUAUUUGAAGUACUCGUUUGUGGACAAAUUAUCAUGGUUAUCAUGCAGCAGUACAUGGUUCCAUCCAUCAAAAAUUCUCUAAUACCUUUCAGUAACAUGGAUUAUACCAGGACUGCUGAAAGAUUACUGAAAUUGGCGAUUCCAAAUCACUUGGCGUGGCUUAUUGGAUUUUACCUUAUGUUUCAUUCGUGGUUGAAUCUUGUUGGUGAAGUACUUCAUUUUGCUGAUCGCAGCUUUUAUAAUGAUUGGUGGAAUGCCAACAAUAUCGAUAUGUUUUGGAGGAAUUGGAAUCUACCAGUACACAGAUGGGCGCUGAGGCAUCUCUAUUUUCCGAUGAUUGAGAUGGGAUAUGGAAGACAAACUGGUAGCAUCGCAGUUUUUUUCAUAAGUGCUUUCUUCCAUGAAUACAUGGUAAGUGUUCCAUUGAAAACAUACAAGAUCUGGGCGUUCAUGGGUAUGAUGGGUCAGAUCCCUUUGUCUUACAUCUCCAAGUUCAUCGAGAAGCAAUACGGUCCCAGAUUUGGCAACAUAAUCUUCUGGGCCUCCAUCAUUCUGGGACAGCCGCUGGUGAUAAUGAUGUAUUUCCAUGACUACAUCGUCGUACAUUACGGGGAAGCUCUGCUUGAAGAUUAUUCGCAUAUAUGACAGUGAUCUUGCUAAAAUUGGGUGGCGAAUUAUUUCGAUAAUAUUCAGUCCAGAUGUUAAAGACUGAGUAUUAUAUAGGUUAUGAUAGAAAUACCUGGGUAAAAAGGUGCCGUUCUAACGAUAUGAGACUGCGAUAGCGACCAAGCUUGGGACCGAUUCGUGAGAUUAGUGGCAUAGCUCUGAUAGAGACAAUCUGUCACUGUCAUUUGACUAUUUAGUCAAAACAAAGCUUAGAGAGAUGUAUGAAAAGCAAUUAGAGACAGAACGCACUGCUUGUCAAACUUUUUAAAACUUGAAUGUUUCACAGUUAAAGUGUGACACUAACAAGUUUUGUGCAUGGGUGCUACGCCCCUUAUCUCACGAAUAUGUAUCAGGCUUGGCCGUGGUCGCUAAUUCCAGGGUGUCAGCCUAUUUUUUGAAAAGUCCGAAGUAUUGGUUAGAAAAGUUAUUGCUGUGAAACGUGAAAACGAGUUAAAGUGUACUGUCUUCAUAUUCAUCCAAAAUCGAAAUGAUCAACGAAAAGACAGUGCAACAGAUGGUGAGCGAAGCCAUAUUUUAGUCAUUACUGUUAUGCACUUGCAACAGAUUUUCAAAUAAAAUCCCUAUAUUCUGAUAAUUGUGUAAACAUUCCACAAUAGGAUGCAUUUUCCAAAGCAAUAUGAUGGCAGAUACACUUAUCACUCAAACGUUUUUUGGUUGUUGGAUUUGAAAGUUGUUUUAAUAAUAUGAAGUGAAUGUAGUUUUAAUACUGUUUAUAUAAAAUCAAUAGUGGUUUAACGUUGGUUGUACAAAUAUGUAGCACCCUGCAAGAAAAUGAUGAGCUUGAUUGUAAAUGCAACAAGUUAAAAUUUAUUUACAUACUAAAUGGGUAUUGUGAGAUCCUUUUGUCCAGAUAAGCUGCUUUUAAUUCGAUAACGCUUAUUCUCGGGACUAAACUUCCGAGAAAACUGUAAUUUAAUACGUUAUACAUUUACUUUGUUUAUCGUCAUACGCAUUUUUUAUCUGCAUUCAUUAAUUGUAUUUACAUCACAGGUUGAUUUUACUGCAUUUAGUAGUUUCUAUUCAACAUUAUUUGUUUAUCUACAGGGUUGUUGUAACCAAAAUAAGUGCCAAAUAAAGCACAUUAGUUAUGUAAAGUAUUGUUAGGUGCACACUUGCCGAAGUCAAGAAUUUGCCACUUGUGAUGGUUAAAUGGAGAUAGUAUGGGAAUAAUGAAAGAAUACCAAAAAAUGCGAAAUUCUGUAAUUAUUUUGCAUUUAUUAUAAAAUAAUUCUGUAUGAAAGGCAAUCGAAUGGUGCUAUUUUUGAGUUGCCUAAAAAAAUGUAUUAGCCUAUUCGUAAAAAAUCUUAUGAGGCACUCUGAAAAAAAAAAGUGUCAAAGAUAUAUCAGUGUGAAAGACUGGAUUAUUUGAGGCCUAUGUUAGUAAAGCCUAAAAAUGUUAUUUUUUGUAGUUUUCUUGUAUAUUUCUAUAAUUUGUUACCAGGUGCUAAAAGCAAUACUAUAAGUAAUUGAUAAGUUAUACAAUGUAUUGAGAUGUAAAUAGGAAAUAUCUUCAAUAUAUAUUUUAUUAAUGACACA